GUCGCGUGGGGCUUCCACGGCCUGCGAGCGAUCAGUAACUAAGUAUAACCACUCGAUGCCGGAUCACGACAAGUACCAGCUGCGACCGCGGGCCGCGCGCUCCCGGGAGCCGCGCGCGCGCCGCACGCCACAACCCCUCAGCAAAUACAGAAGAAAAACCGCAAACGCACGCGAACGGAGUCGAAUGGGGGAGAUCAAUCGCGCUUUCGAGACGCUAAGACGAGCGGUUCCCGCUUCCGAAAUCACAGGAGCGCCUGUCCCGUGCGAAAAAUUAACGAAGAUCACAACGUUGAGGUUAGCGAUGCGAUAUAUCUCCGCGUUGUCCGCUGCCUUGAGGGACUCUAGUCCGGAACGAAGCACGACUUCUCGCCCAGAAAGGUGGUCUUCUCCAAUGUGCUCCGAUUUAUCCGAAUUCUCCACAGAACAAGAGACUACUUCGGAAUUCGCAGAGGAUUCGCUUUCGCCCUUCGAUUCCUUCUUCGCUGAAUUCGACUACGAAUAUAUUGACAGGACAUUCACGUGACAGUGCAGUGAUUUGGACUAUUUCGGUUUAAUGAAUUAUUAUUAUUACUUAAUUUAGGUAUUCCUCAAUUUCUCGUUUUGCCAUAUUAUUUAUAUUGAUUAAUUUUAUUUUUUUUAUUUAAGUCUUUCGAGUGAGGUAUUGAGAUUUUAUUUAUUUGUGUUGGUGUAUUAUAAUUAUUGCUUAAUUAAUAAAUCGUUUUUGUUAUGUUA